AAACUCUUUACACAUCUUAUCCAUCAGAUAGGGGUCUCCCAUCCUCUAAUAUUCCACGAUGUAUCGUCCCUGGACGACCCGGAACUUCUUGCCAUGACCCCACGCCCCGCGCUGGCUUUAGUCCUAGCAUUUCCAACGCCGAGCGACUAUGAUGAGAAACUAGAGGCACAAGAAAGGACGAAAUAAGGUAGGAAUGAGGACAUGAACGGCGCUAAUGUUGUGUGGUACAAGCAGACCAUCAACAAUGCCUGUGGACUCUCCGCUACCCUCCAUGCAGCCUGCAAUGGCGAUGCGAGGGAUAGUAUCCUCUCCAACUCGCAUUUAUCUCGUCUGCUCGGAGUUUGCGCGCCGUUAAGUCAAUCGGAACGCGCCCGGGUCAUUGAAGAAGACGUCGAUUUAGAUGCCGUUUAUAAGUCCGUAGCCCAGCAAGGCGACUCGGAAGUCCCCGAAAGUCCCGAACAUGUAGUCGAUUUUCAUUAUGUCUACUUGGUCAAAUCCCAUACCAAUGGCCAGUUGUACGAGUUGGGUGGAGACAAACAGGAGCCAGUAGAUAUGGGAGCCCUAGGAUCGGAUGAAGACGUUCUGUCAGUAGCUGGACUUGGUGUAUUCGAAGGUUUGUCCAGUGGGAAAGAGAGUGAGCUGGUGAUAAUUUCAGCUUACUCGUGCUGGCACCUCGAUAAUUUGAAUUUUCAAAUAAAGGCUGGAGCCUUUCCUGGACAUUUAUAUAAUAUAUAUAUAUAUAUUUUGGACAAUUAAUAACCGGUGUUAAUAGUAUCAUUGGCUUCAUGUAGUUAUUAUAUAUAUGCUUAACAAACAAGCCCAAACGCUA